CGCCCCAGAGCCAGCUGUUUGCCUCUUCCGCCCAAAGGGCAGAUAGCAGGUGCAGGCUUGAAGUGCGCCUUGGGAAAGUGCUGGUGGGAGCCUAAGCCCCAGGGCACAGGCGGAGUCUCCAGAGGCAGCCGCCUGAGGUGACCUGAAGCAGCCAGCAGCCAGCAGCUCCAAGAAGGUGGCCAGGAAAAUGGGGAGCUACGGCCUGGGUGUGCCGGGCCCCGCACUGUUUCUGCUGCUGGUGCUGCGGCCUCCGCUGCUGAAAGCCGGAAGUUUGCGGCACAGUGUCCGGGGCUCCAGAGACUUGCAUGGCCUCGUUCUAAGUGGGAAAAGCCUCCAUAACUACCUCCGCCCAAAGGGGGAAACUGUCCACCACCUCCGCAGCCACUAUUCCCGGGAUAACCCGGAAAAAGAUACAAGGCAAUCCUGCCAGAGCGCAUAUGACCUUUACUUCAUCUUGGAUAAGUCAGGCAGUGUGAACAACAACUGGAUGGACAUUUACAACCUUGUGGAAGAUUUUGUCAAAAAGUUCAAAAACCCGAAACUGCGGAUAUCCUUCAUCACCUACUCCACAGAGGGCCACACCCUCAUGAAACUCACCUCAGAUAAAAAUGAAAUAAGUGAUGGUCUUAAUAAACUUCAGAAUACAGUGCCUACUGGAGCCACAAACAUGCAUGAAGGAUUUAAAAAGGCAAAUGAGCAGAUUGAAAAAGCAAACUCUGGAGAAAACAAAGUUCCUUCCAUGAUUAUCUCCUUGACGGAUGGAACACUGCUACCAGAGUCCUUUGAUGAGACUAAGUACGAAGCUGCAAAGGCUCGGAAAAUGGGGUCAACCGUUUAUGCCAUUGGUGUAAAAGACUAUAGGAAAGACCAGCUGUUGGAAAUUGCAGACAGCCCAGAACACAUGAUUGGAGUGGGCAAUGGAUUUAAGGAACUGAGAAGCAUCGUGGAACCACUCACAAGUAAGGCGUGUAUUGAAAUUACAAAAGUGGAGCCUUUGCAUUUGUGUGCAGGAGAAGACUAUGAAAUUAUGAUUUCUGGAAAAGGAUUUAAUAAUGCAAUAAACAAGGAGGAAGUUAUUUGUAGAUUCCGCUUCAGCAAUGAUAAAUUCUUCGAUAAAAAAGCCACCACUGUGGAUGAUAACACCAUAACAUGCUCAGGAGUAAUGAUACAAAAACCAGACCAGUUGGUCCAUGUGAAAGUUAGCCUGAAUAAUGCCAUCAGCUUCAUCAGGAGUGAUGCUAACAUCACCAGCGACAACUGUAUGAGUUCCAGGAAUAUGCCAUCAGAAGGUGAUGAACCACCCUCUCCAGCUCCUCCUUCUCCAGAAGUCAUGACUCCCCCGGAAAACCUGGCAUCAUUUAUGCCACCUAUCCAACCUAUCUACUUGGUUGUGCUCCUCGCAGCCGUGCUCACAGUCCUGUGUCUUUCCUGCUGCUUCUGGCUAUGCUGUUGCAAAAAGCCCUGCAAGGAGCCACCAGUGCAGAAGAUAGUAAUGGCACCCGUGAGGGAAUGUAUACGGCCCCGCCCAGUGGUGGUCCCUUGUAGGUGCCGAGGAGGCGGGAUAAGACGGAUAGAGGGCAAACUGGACACCUUGUGUGACUUUGUGCAAAGCUGCAACCAGAUCCCAUUGAUGUGGUGUCAGCCCAGGAACGCGAGGAGGUGCCUCAACUUUGCCCGAUUGAGGCCCCCCUGCAUGAAGUAUCCCUGUACCCCAAAGAUCUGCCUUCUACCCUGCACCCCAAAGAUCUGCUUUCCACCCAGCCAGGAGUGCUUCCCCAUCAGCAACUGCUACUCAUGCUGCCAAUGCCCAUCACGCAAGUGUUCCCGGCUUCCCUCCAGGAUGCUGCCACUGAUGGCCCCCUCUUCCCCGGCACUCUGCGGAACCACUCUGUCACUCCCACCCCCAUAGCCCAGCCUCCAUCUCACCAAAACCCCAAGGUUAUUAAGAGCCCUUUGUGCACUGAAUUAGACAUACGUUUUGAGUCUUGGUUUACAGUCAAAGGGAGUUGGAAUUAGUUGCUGAUCAGCAAGAGAAUUUGGUGGGCUUUGCUCCACUGUAUGAGACGAUCUAUACUGCUUCCUUCCAGGACAAAGCACCCUGGUGUCCUGUGGAUGCAGACAUGGAUGUGCCCCAGUCCCCACGGCCCACUCUUCUUCUGUCACCAAGGGCUGGGACACCUGGGAUUUUGGCCAAAUUCCGCUCUUUUUUUUUAAACAUUUUUUUUUUUUCAACGUUUAUUUAUUUUUGGGACA